GAGAGAGAGAGAGAGAGAGGAAGGUGGUGGUGGUGGAGGAGGAGGUAGAAGAUACCUCUAGAACCCUAACAACCAGUAGGUGAGCCAUCUUAAAAUACUUGACAAUUGCUUGAUCAACCCAUCCUUUUCUUUCUUAAAAACACUCAAAUUACCAAGAAAAGUUAUGAUCUUAGCAGCUUUUGGAUUCUGAAUUCGACGUGUUCUCUCAGACCCAGUUUGCCAAAAUCGCUUGAGAUCAGAACGCAACUCUCAUCUUCAACCAUAUCGAUUUAGCAGCAUUGCAAAGAUGAGAUUUGUCAUCUCAGUUCUGUUAUUUCUUGUGUUCAUUUCAUGUGGAGUUGCAUAUGAUCCAUUGGAUCCGAAUGGGAACAUAACAAUCAGAUGGGAUGUAAUGUCUUGGACCCCAGAUGGCUAUGUGGCAGUGGUGACAAUGAACAAUUUCCAGAUGUACAGGCACAUCAUGAGCCCUGGUUGGACCUUAGGUUGGACAUGGGCUAAAAAAGAAGUGAUAUGGUCAAUGAUUGGGGCUGAGGCCACUGACCAAGGUGAUUGCUCCAAAUUCAAAGGCAACGUCCCUUAUUGUUGCAAAAAGAACCCUACUAUUGUAGAUUUGCUCCCCGGUACACCCUACAACCAGCAAUUCCAGAAUUGCUGCAAAGGCGGUGUGGUGGCAUCUUGGGGCCAGGAUCCUGCAUCUUCUGUCUCCGCCUUCCAGGUCAGCGUAGGCCAAUCCGGUACUACGAACAAGACGGUGAAACUUCCUAAGAAUUUCACUCUGCUAGGUCCGGGACCAGGGUACACUUGCAGCCCAGCAAAAAUCGUGCCUCCCACCAAUUUUUUCACUCCUGAUCUUCGGAGGAAGACUCGGGCACUCAUGACGUGGAAUGUGACCUGCACUUAUUCACAGUUUCUGGCCAGCAAACACCCAAGUUGUUGUGUCUCAUUCUCAUCCUUCUACAAUGCAACAAUCACUCCUUGUCCUUCUUGUGCUUGUGGUUGUGAAAACAAGAACAAUUGCAUCAAGAGUGAUUCCAAACUUCUUAGCAUGGUCGGACUGAACACUCCGACGAAAGGCAACACGCCACUGCUACAGUGCACGCAUCACAUGUGCCCGAUCCGGGUGCACUGGCACGUGAAGCUCAACUACAACAAUUACUGGCGUGUGAAGAUCUCGAUAACUAACUUCAACUACCGGAUGAACUACACGCUCUGGACUCUUGUUGCUCAGCAUCCUAAUCUCAACAAUGUCACUCAAGUUUUUAGCUUUGAUUACAAACCUCUCAUUCCCUAUCAGUCCAUCAAUGACACAGGUAUGUUCUACGGCAUGAAAUUCUAUAAUGAUCUGCUAAUGGAAGCCGGGCCAUUUGGAAAUGUUCAGUCGGAGGUGCUUAUGCAAAAGGAUCAGAACACUUUCACAUUUAAGCAAGGAUGGGCGUUUCCCAGGAAAGUAUACUUCAAUGGUGAUGAAUGCAUGCUACCCCCACCUGAUGCAUACCCAAAUCUACCAAACUCUGCGCAACGAAACUUAUUUGGGCUCUCAAUGUUGAUUUAUUCAGUGUUUUUCUUGUUGAUCAGACUCUGGUGAUUGUCAGGAAGUUUUGAAGCCUAGGCAUCUACAACGCCGGGCUAAUGGGGAUCACAGGUACACAUUUAAAAAUUCUUACGAAAAAACUAAAGGGGCUGGAGUCGAUCAAGUGUAGUUUGAUAUGAUGAAUUUAUGAAUAGGAACACUAGAUAUGAAAUCUUCUUGAACUGUUAAUGAUCAAUCAAUGUCACCAUGCUGUAAACAAAUUUGUUUUGAUUGUAUAGCUUCCAUUGUUUUACUAA